AUGGAAGUUAGAAGCUGGCCCUGCAAUUCUGGCAACUUCAACGACAUGGAUACCUUAUACUACUCGAACACUCGAAGAUAUGAUCGGAUAAAUGUUUCCUUCAAUGUGUUGGUAAAUCGCGAACCCAAAAGCAGUUCGGCUCCAAUAUGGCGAUCCCUGUGGCGAAAAAUAAUGAGGGAGAAAAAAAGAUUGUUCGAUUGCUCGUCGAGUAGCGCUGAUCGGAUGCAUUUUUCUUAUGAUGCUUACAAUUAUUCGCAGAAUUUUGAUCAGGGUUCUUCGAUGUGGUCUGAUCCUGAUAAUGUGUCUCGUUCUUUCUCGGCUAGGUUUGCUGUUCCUGCGAGGAUAUUUGAGAAGAGUACUGCAAUGGUUGAUUAUUAG